AUGGUUGCCUGGCUGGACCCUGGAAACCCUGGAAACCCUGGAAACCCUGGAAUCUCCCCCACCGACCCCGAGAGGCUGAGCAACUCGUUAAUUAUUAUCUCCUCUCUGCCGGCUUCCUCUCUCAACCCAUCAUUGCCCGACAAUGAGGUUGCGACCGAGCGUCCUGCCCGUUAUUGGGGCAGUCUCGGCGCUGUUCACACUCGUUCAAGGUGUGUCUCGUCUCGCUCGCGAUCUCAAGCGUCAGACGCCAUCCGCCAGACUACGCCUAUCGAUAAUGCUGUUAUUCGUACCCAAACUCAUCAAAUAGACCACCUAUCACAUUUCGAUCUUACCUUCGAACUACAUCGCGAUGGACAGCGGAUCAAGCUUGAGCUCGAGCCAAACAACGAUAUUCUCGCCGACGAUGCUUACGUCCAAUACAUUGGCGCCGAUGGUCUCUGGCAAGGCGAACCCAUUCAGCGACACGAACACAAAGUAUUUCGCGGUCGCGCCCUGGUCGGCUCGGGCAAGGGACGAUGGACACCCGCAGGCUGGGCUCGGAUCACCGUACGAAGGGAUGGCCCCGAGCCACUGUUCGAGGGCGCGUUCAGUAUCGACUAUAACAAACACCACAUUGAGCUGCAGUCGACAUAUCUCGCCAAACAGCGCCCUAUCGAUACCGAUAUCGAGCAUCGAAGCGGCGACUACAUGAUUGUCUACCGGGACACCGAUAUGAUUCGACACCACACUGAACUCAAGCGGUCGCUGGGUGAUUCUACAGGUUGCUCGGCGCAUAAACUCGAUUAUAAUGCUGAUUUGACCAACUCCAUCUUUCCCUUUGGCCUCGAUCAGUCCGAUGGUCAAUGGGGAGUUACGUCGCUGAAUUCGUUGUUUGGACUUAGCAAGCGCCAAUCCAACGAUGUGGGUGGAGUGUCUGGUAGUACGGCCGGUGUGAAUUUGAAGAAUACGGUCGGCGAUACGUCGGGAUGCCCCAAGACUAAGAAGGUCGCUCUGAUUGGCGUUGCGACGGAUUGUGAAAUGACCAACUAUUUCAAGUCCAACUCGACCCCGAAGGACGCGGCAAAGGAUUGGGUUAUUAACCUGGUCAACACGGCAUCGAGUCUGUACGAGGAUUCAUUCAAUAUCUCCAUCGGUUUGCGCAAUCUCACUGUGAAUGAUCAAUCUUGUCCCACGACUGCUACUUCGGCUCUCCCGUGGAAUAUUGGCUGCAGCGGUGGGAAUAUUACCUGGCGGUUGAAUGAAUUCUCCAAAUGGCGUUCGAGUAAUGCAGACAGCAACGCUUACUGGACUUUGAUGACCGGCUGCCCUACUGGCCAGGAGGUUGGUGUGUCCUGGAUGGGUCGUCUGUGCAGUUCCGAGCUCGUCAGUUCAGGGGAUAAUUCAGUCUCGGGCGCGAAUGUCGUGGUCGGCAAUCAAGGCUCUACAUGGCAGAUCUUUGCUCACGAGACCGGUCACACCUUUGGCGCCGUACACGAUUGCGAUGCAGAUGCAUGUACUCAGGAUCUGGAAGACUCUUCCCAGUGCUGCCCACUAUCAGCAACUACUUGCAAUGCGAAUGCCAAGUACAUCAUGAAUCCGUACGCAGAGUCGAGCAUGACAAACUUUUCUUCAUGCACUAUAGGGAAUAUCUGUUCUGCCAUUGGUCGCAAUAGUAUCAAGUCGACCUGUCUCUCCGACAAUCGCGGAGUCGUGACCAUCAGCGGCAGCAAGUGUGGCAACGGCAUCGUCGAGGCUGGCGAAGACUGUGACUGUGGCGGCGAGGAAAACUGUGGAAAUAAUGCUUGCUGUGAUGCCACCACAUGCAAGUACAAGAACAACGCCGUCUGCGACGACUCCAACGACAGCUGCUGCAGUCAAUGCCAGUUUACACCCGCAAACACGGUCUGCCGUGCGAGUACCGGUUCCUGUGACAUUGCCGAGACAUGCUCUGGAAAUUCCAGCUCCUGUCCUAGUGACAAGUACAAGGACGACGGAUCCUCUUGUGGCAGUGGUCUCACCUGUGCGAGCGGCCAGUGCACGAGUCGUAACUACCAGUGCCGCACCGUGAUGGGCUCCCUUCUCAACACCAACGAUACCUGGGCCUGCGAGAAUACGGUAGACCCAUCUUGCACCCUGAUCUGCGGUACACGCCACAGUAUCAUGGGGUAUGACGCCGGCGAUUGCAUUGACCUAUUCCAAAAUUACCUGGACGGUACGCCCUGCAACGCCGGUGGUAAAUGCUACAGCGGUCAGUGCAAGGGCUCUUCUGUAGGCGGCUGGAUUCGCGACCACAAGAAGCUCGUUAUUGGCCUCUGCGUCGGUGUGGGCAGUCUUAUCGUCCUCUUCCUGCUGUACUGUCUUAUUAACCGGUGUCGCAUGGCUCGGGCAAGGAGUCGUAUGGCCAAGAAUGUCCGCCCUCCACCUGGAAUGGGUCGUUAUCCUGGCCCUAUGCCUGGUCGUGGACCUCGAGGACCACCUCAAGGACCACCACCUCCUCGGGGCCCUCCGCCCGGUCCUCCUCCGGGUCCGCCUAUGAACCAGUGGUAUGGCUAUCAUAACGAUGGAUAUCCCGACGUCCCCCCUCCUCGGUACGGUUAA